AUGGAGGACGACGUUGAAGAGUUCGUUUUUAUCCCACCUCCAGAGGCCCCAGUCUUUGAACCUACUGAAGAGGAAUUCCAGGACCCUCUGGCAUAUAUUGCAAAGAUAAGGCCUUAUGCCGAGAAAACUGGCAUUUGCAAGAUUCGACCUCCCCCGGUUAGAAAUCUUUUUUUUUUCGCGUAGAAAAGUCUUUAUUUUCUGGUAUGAUGGCAUCCAUUCAGCUAUCAAAGGGGUACUAACUCUUACGUAUAAUCCUAGGAUUGGCAGCCCCCGUUUUCAGUAGAUGUGGAAAGUUUUAGAUUCACACCAAGGAUACAGCGUCUGAAUGAGCUAGAGGUAAUAUAAAAUUGUUCGUCUUUUUUCAAGAAAUCCGUUGAGUAUCACAUGUAAUAACAAACUGAAAUUUGCUCCGAAGAGCACAAAAAGUGGCUCGCAUAGAUCUCUGAUUCAUACUCUUACGUCUAAAAAAGUUAAACGCUGUUUUAUUUGUCAAGAAAGUUCUAAGUUUUGCCUGUAAACUAUGUAUAGUGAUUGUAGCCAACAUGUGUCCCUCCCAUUAAAAUUCUCUUUUUGCUUCAACUGCUCCUCAUUAACAGCUCUUCCUUUUUUAUCCAGGCAAGAACGAGGGUGAAACUAAACUUUUUAGACAGCCUUGCCAAAUUCUGGGAACUUCAGGUAAAUAUUGUUUGUCUAAACGUCUUCCCAGUUGGGUAGAUGUUCACUAUGUUGAAACCUUAACUCGAUGGCAGCCAUAUUGGUUUCGUCAUGUUUACUUCGCAUUUGUUAUUCCGAAAAAAAAUUCUUCUCUUUCUAACUGGUUUUGUCGUUGGAUGGCUCAUUUUUCAGGGAACAUCCUUUAAGAUUCCAACAGUUGAAAGAAAAUCAUUGGACUUAUUUCGUCUUUAUAAGGUAAGAGAAACCAGGGACAUUUCUUCAUGAAAAUUGAAAAGUCUCUGUUACUGAAUGCAACGUGGACUUUCAAUUACGUCCGUACAUUUGUUAAGCACCACUCCCUUCGUUCCAGGAAGGAGUUACCUUCCAUUACCAGGCAAAUGACUGGAUAAAGAACUCUUAUUGCUAGUAUCCAUUUUGGUGUGUAUCUUUCACAGCGAAAUAUUCCUCUUUAACAGUAUUCAUGGCAACAUUUCUUUGUUUCCUUCGGAAGAAUGAAGCUUUGUGCUUACCCUUGUUUUAUAGAGGGUGUGUUUUGAGAAUAGAAAGUGAUCUUCUAGUAUUUCUUAUGUAAAAUGUUACCUAAAAUGGCGUUUUUCCAGUGCCCUUUCGCUUCAAGACAAACAGCUGUUUGAAUUCAGGAGCAAAAUAGGAAAUGCAAGCAGGCAGUUGUGAUCUUUAAAUAGUUCCUUGUACAAGGUGUAAACAGAAUCAUAUUAAACCUUUAGUUAAUUCUUGUAUGCCAUCUACAUCUUAGGGUGUGCUGAUGGGCCAAAUGUGGGUGUGUGAAUACUUGAAAUAUUCUCUAGAAAUAGCUUGUUCAUGCACAGAUCUCUAUCCCUGGUUAAAAUACAACAUUUAGAUUGUUGUGUGUGGCCCACAAGCCUUAUAGUCCUUGUGGAAACGUCUUUUCUGUGUAUUCUUAUUCUCAAGUACAACCAACAAAUGUAGCCAUGAAGGUGUAAGAACCUUGUAUAUAUUUCUGCUGGAUCUAAAAGAUUUGUAGACCACUUGCUUAGACAUAUUUAUCUAAAGUCUACGAUUGAAAACUGAAGAGUUAUAUUAUUUUAUUAUGGAUAAAGUAGGGUUGAAACAUGCUUUUGCAACAUAUUUUUAGUACUGCGUAUUUGUUGCUGCAAGCUAUUAAAAGAAUUAUGUUUUUGUUGCAAAUGACAAUCUCUGUGGUUGUCCCCUGCAAAUGUGGGCUGCCACUUGCCUUUUGUCUUGAAGUGGCAGCUUUUAUUUGCCUGUUGUAACCACAAUACUAGUAAUAUUUUUAUUUGUCUCCUUCACUUAACACUAUGUUACAGUCUUGUUACCACUUAAGCCACAAAUUCAUUUUAUUGAAAGGAUGCAAAACUUUUUCCCUUGGAUCUGUUUUCAACUGUUUUUUUCUGCAGACAUCUGUAAACUAUCAUCGUUGAAUUAGUACCUACAAAUAGACAUUGCUGAAGGCAAAGUCCAUUUGGAGGAGUAAAAUAUACAUAGCCUGUAUGUGACAGGAACUAUUACAGAGUGCGAAUUGUUUUCUGUUCUAAAAUCUAGGAUACUUAGCAGUACAUUGGAUUUCACACUAGCGCAAAAAGUUCUCUUGUCUAAUACACAGUAAGGGUACUGGUCUAACUUACUAUACCAAAUCUUCUCUAUUGAUUAAUUUUUGGCCAUUUUUUGUCAGACUGUGAAUCAGGAAGGAGGUUUUGAAUAUAUAACAAGGAAGAAGAAAUGGUCCAUUGUUGCUCGGAAGGUAUAUUUACCAUUGUGUCUUCUAUCUUUUGGGCCUAUGCAAGCUGUGUCAUAACACACAUAAAGAAGAGAGUUGUCUCAUAUUAUUCUGUUCUGCCAUGGUCUAUGCUGGCAAUGUUAAAAUAAGUAGCAACAGCCUUGUAAGUUGGGAAUGCAAAACAAGACUUAGUGUACUAAAUAACAGUAGCUUCUUGGUUAUAAACUGAAAGCAACUACAGCUGUAUAGCAUUUUUGGAUAAAUAGUCAACAGUCCUUAAAGUUGAGGUUAUCUUCCUGAAAAAAAUGCCCAACUUGACAAGCCACUUUAAAGGUUCUCCUAAUGUUAAAACCAUGAAGCAAAUUGUCAACCAUUUAAUAAGCUCCUCCUUUCUGAAAUUGUCAAAAGGCAUGUUAUCUAGCCUGUUGCACAAUGAGUCCAUGACGUCCUUAUUUUUUGAUAUUGUAAUUUGCUGCUUAUAAUGUUAAUUAGUUAUGUCUCAAAAGUGAAGUUGAAGCUCAGAUCUCUAGUUUUUAGUCCCAAAGGAAAUAUGUAUCUUGUCAUCAACAUUGAACAACAAGGUGAGGCCAGGUUUGGGUACCUAAAGAAAGCCUGAUGUUUCUAGGUGGGAAUCAAAUUCUCUGAACCUCUGUAUUUCUAAUAGAGUUCUUCAGUUUUAGUCAGUAUUUAGUUAAGCCGGUAUUUAUCUUAGUUUAGUUCAGAUUUUCUUUUGUUUCCUGGCCAUAAUUUUUCAAAGGAGACAAGGAAAAUACUGGUUUAACCUAAGAAUGGAAUCUACAUACAGCAUAGCAUAUCCAAUCCUCUUAACAUGCUUUUUUUUUCUAAUUUCCUUUACAGAUGGGUUAUCAAGUUGGCAAAUCUGCUCCAUCUUUAUUACGGAUGAACUAUGAGAAGUAUCUGUACCCUUAUGACAUCUUCCAAGCAGGAGCCUUCACUGGUGAUCCCCAGCCAGGGGUUAGUAAACAACAUUAAAUCAGAGAAAUUAGAAAUUUUGUCUAAUUUCUCAGAUUAUUUACAACUUAUUCUCCGUAUUGUUCUUUCAAGUCUGAUGACGAGAAUUGUAUCAUUCCAGAAAAUGUCUAUACUCCUGCCCACGGAUGGUUUUUCAGAUUAGACCCCACCCCCCAUCUCCUUGCAAUUUCCAUCCAAGAAGGGUCUUAUAUAACCCCCCACCCCCCUGGAAUUUCCUAUUUUUUUUUAGUGGCCUAAAUUCAUAGUAUUUAUAAUAAUUUUUGACUGUUAAAUGCUUUAAAAUCACUCUUCACAUCUUUACACACACCUUUUUUUUAUUAUCCCCGAUACAUUUUCUUUGUUUUUUAAGACAAUAUUUCUAAAAUACAUUUUGCACUCUCGAUUAAUGUCAUUUCAGCAAAAAUGUAUUCAACAACUUGCAAACCAACAGUUGUUUCGGUAACACCAAGAAACACCCUCAACUUUGCAUAAGACUACAUGUACAUACUGGUAUAUGAAUAAAAAAUGUAACUACUUUUGUGCGUAAAUAAAACUUAAAUUACAGACACAGUUUAUAAGGAAAUCUUUGGCCUUCAAUGUGGUAUCAAAGUAAAUUUUUUUAAUUAACAACGUGUCUAAGAUAUAACAAACAUUUUAAUAUGAUUAGAAUGAAAAGUUGUUUGGAACUGUAAGGACUCGCGUGUCAGCCUUUCUGUGACAAUGUGCAAUGCAUACAUCAUUUAUAAUGGUAUGAAGUGACCCCUUGUUUUUAAAAUGACUCCAUCAUCUGUGGUGGAAAAGGCACAAGAAAUUUGUAAUCCCUCCAAGAAGUUGGUGCAUUUGAAGUUCUCAGUAAUUUAAUGUUUGAUUGAAAUGGUGAGAAUUAUUGCAGAAGUACAAGUCCAAGUACGGCUUGAGGGAUUAUUUUUUGGUUAUGGAAAUGCUUAUCAUAGAAAAUGUGUCUCAUUGUCAUUGAAUUAUACAUGUAGCGACAAGUAGCUUUUAUUUUUGGAGGGAAAAGGAGAAGUGUUGAGAAUUUGAUGAAGAUGCAGUCAGUAGCCAUAAAGGAAAUGAUUUAUUAAAUUCAGUUUUCCUUAUAAAUUCAUGAAGGUCUAAAAACGUAGUAGUCUUCUCUGCAUCCUGCUCUGUUGUUUCAGAAUCUAAACCCAGUCAGAGGUUAAUAUUUUAUAUUGUCUUAUCAGAAUGAAGAUACAAAGAAAGAGGAAAAAGAUAGGGACUUCAUUUCAAAUGCACCAAACACCAAUUAUCAGAUGUCACGGAGGUCAAAAAAAGCUACUGCUGAGGAGGUAAAACGGCUUCUUUUUUAAAAAAUACACCACAAAUACUUUUUGUAAAAUACACCACAAAAUGAUAUUGGAUGUUCCACCUUCAUGUGAUUUUCCUUAUGUUAAGCCUCUAAGUGAAAAUCAAGCAAUGCCUAUUAAGCUUGCUAGUGAGAAGUAAAGCUUUAAGUCCUGCAAGUUCUAUAUGGAUUGAGUGAGAGCCAGGAUGGUGCACUGGUGGAAUCACUUCCCUUCCACCAGUGUGUCUUUAGGGUUUCGUCCCAGCGCCGACACCAUAUCGGGGUUGAGUUCAUUGUAGGCUCUUUUUCUGCUCCAAGAGGUUUUCUCCAGGUACUUUGGUUUUCCCCUUUCAUCAAAAGCCAACAUUUCCAAAUUUCAAUUUGGUCUGGACAAAGUCUUAUUAAUUCCUGUGUGUUUCUUCAGCUUAAUUCAAUAGACUUUGAAAACAACCCAGAACUGAGGAAGUUACAGUUCCUUGCUCCUGGUCCUAAAAUGGCUGGGUUGGCUAAGGGCACUUUGCAACCUAAAAAGGAAUUUAACAUAAAGCACGGUAAGAUAUGAAAAUAGUCACUUACUACCAGCAUCAGCAGUGUUAUUAUUAUGAAAGUGUUUUGUAAGGUCCUUGUUUUUUGGUCAGACAUUCUCAGUCACCAAACAUGAAUAGUCCAGACGGGGGAAGUUUGACCACCAGUUUGAGUUUGGCUAUUGUUGAAUUUUGUUGAAGUUUCCUCAUUGGUUCACAGUGCACUAAGCAAUCAGGAACAAGGAAAUCACGAUAGAUAAGCACUUAUAUUGGCUAUAAAAUGUGUAAGCAAAAGGGAGCAAGAUUGUCCAGAUUAAUCAAUUUUUACCAUCGGAGCAUUCUUGUGAUCAACUCAAGGAUGAAGUUACAAAAUAGAAGCCAAGGUCUUUUUGUGAGAUUUCUUAGUAGUUAUAUAAUGCUUGAGAACUGAGGUAAUUGUGCAAAAUCACACCAUUGCAGUAUUAUCAGAAACCCUGCAGCUGUUUUCACUUAAUAAGUAUGCUUUAGGAUCCUGGUGAAAAACAUUUACCGUCUUUAUUUAUUUGCAGUAUUUGUUUGUUCACUUACUCUUUCAGUAUGCAUUGCACUACGUUUAAUUUACUACACAAUUAUUAUUUACCAGCAGAACUUGAAGAUAGCCCAGUCAAAAUGGAAUUCAGUGAUGAUGUCAAACCAAAAGCUAAGACACCAGACAAGUCUUCACCUUCUCCCUCUAAACAAAAAAGACUUAAGCAAGCUCUCAAGCUUAAACUUGAAAGUGUACUACAGAAGGAACAGUGCGAGUUGAGUAGAAGAAGACCAGUGAGAAUGGCCAGCAGAAAGAAUUAUUACCCAAAAAUUGUCCUGGUAAAUGUGAAUGUCAUUAUUCCUACAAAGGGUAGCCAUACAAAAUCUGUUCAUCCAAAAAAACCACCCAUGCCUCUCUCAUCAUUCUUUUCUUAUUUUAAAAGUCACUGGUGGUUCAGACUUGGAGGGCUGCUUAUAGUCAGUGGACCACUCUUUGCCCUUUAAACCCUAAGAGUGACUGACAUUCAAUAAUUGUUUUGGUUUCAAAGUAUUUACACUACUCAAUCUAACAUAGAGCUCUUGAGAAAAAAAGGAUGUGAUCCUCACAUAAAAAGUUCUUGAUCAGUCAACAAAUUCUCCUCAUCAGCAUCUAAAGAAAUGCAUUGAGAAUAUGUGAGCUAAUAUUAUGUUUAAAAGUGUUAACCUUGAUGGUUAACAUUACUUUGGGACUCAUUCCCCCUUGUGAUUAUUGUUUAUUUUUGGUUGGGUAAAAGUUGGUUGUUUUAUUGCAUUUACUUUUGUCAUGAUUUCAAAGUCAAGAAAUGCAAACUCUUUGAUCUAUUUCUGUCAAUAAGUUGCAAGAAAAAAAUUGGAAAAUUACCCUCACAGUACCCUGUCCAGGAUAGAGCAGAAAUCUUGUCCUCAUACAGUGUGUCUCAAACUUUGUAUCUCUGCUUUAAUAUCUUGUUCAUUUUACCCAAUAGGAUGAAUAUUUAUGUCAAGUAUGCAGCAAAGGUGAUUCUGAGGAAAGCAUGUUACUUUGUGAUGGCUGUGAUGACAGCUAUCAUACUUACUGUUUGAUUCCGCCAUUAGCUUCUGUCCCUCGGGGGGACUGGAGGUGUCCAAGAUGUGUUGCUGAGGUUAGCAAUAAGCUUAUUAGUAUUAAAUUUAUUUGAACAUUAGUUUCUUACCACUGCCUAAUUCUUGCGUUUUCUUAAGUUCACUUGCAUGCACUUGCAUAAAUUUUAUCUUUGUCAAAUUUUGUUUUACUCUGCAUGUAUUUGCAUUAAGGCACUUUGAAGUUGAGUGGUGGUUUUAUUUUUGAACAAUUUUGUAGAGGCCGUUCAUACUAAUAAAAACUCCCAGCAUAUUUACGCUACUUUGGAACUCAAGAAAGAAGUAGUCAACAUUUGACUGUCCCUCUGAAGAAAUUUUAUAUAUUGAUCCAAGAGUUAAAACCUUCAAGUCUGUGUCCUUAAAUCUUGAGUUGAUAGAUUAGAACUAGCAGUAGCCGUUGGCUGUGAAGUGCGGGCGAAACCGCUUUCAUGUGAAUGGGAAUGCUCUUUUAUAAUAGUUAUAGUGUUAACAAAAGAAAUCACUGUGGAUCAUGAAAACCGGAUUAAACAACACAGUAAACAAGACUCAUAUUUAAUUCAAUGAUUUUAUUUGCAUUUGCUUAGAUAGAGAUGUUUGCAUUUGCUGGCAAAGAUACAUUGAAAGAGUAAUGCGUGACACAAGUAAUGCGUGUAUGCAGUCAUGCAUGAAGUCUCCCAUUUAGUACAGUACUUUUUAACCUGAAUUGCGUCUGCUAGUGAGUCAGUUGUAAUAAUGAUUGUUGCAUCACUUGCAUGUGCAUUGACGUGAUUACUGUGACAUCAGACAUUGCAUCAGAUGGACCUUAAACUCAACACCAAGACCUUCGCGGCAACAUACCAUGCAUAUUAGUUGGUAUAACACCGGAAUUCCAAGAAUGUGAACAGAUUCGGGGAAAUCUCGCUAGACAGUUAAAAGUGUGCCACUGACCAACUAAAAGGUGGCGGGCUUCUUCGUCACCUGCAAUAAAUCUUUUAUUCAACUUUCCUUGAAUUGUGUGAAGUUAGUUGUAAAGUUAUUAUUACAAUAGUGCAUGUUUUAAUGAAAGUAAUUUUUUGUCUGUCUGAAGGAGUGUAAUAAACCUGUAGAAGCCUUUGGAUUUGAACAAGCUAAGAGAGAAUACACACUUCAGUCAUUUGGAGAAAUGGCUGAUAACUUCAAAAGAGAAUACUUUAAACUGCCACCAGAACAGGUGCCCACUGAUGUUGUAGAGAAAGAGUUCUGGAGACUUGUUUCAUCAACAGAUGAAGAUGUGACUGUGGAGUAUGGUGCUGAUCUGCACACCUCUGUUCAUGGAAGUGGAUUUCCAUGCAAAUAUAGUAAUGCUGUAACCAGUGAAGAGGAGGUGAGUUAUGAAGCUUCAGUGAUUCUUAAUGGCAGAUUUUCAUUGGGCAGUCAAGUUCUGUCAGUUUUAUAUUCUUCUUUUCUGGAUUAAAUUUCAGUUUGUUAAUGGAGGAGGCUGGUGUUGAUGUUAAAACAUGUUAUUGUUUUAAUUCAGGGAGUUAUGUCUAAAAAUACACACUAACGAUAUUCAAUUUAAUCCUCUUAAUGAUAAACAUCACAAAGUGCCCGUUAUUUAGCUCCAAUUGCCCAACAUGAACUCCAAUGGAAAUUACACACAAUUUUGUGUAAUGGCUGAAGAAGUAGCCAAGGUCCAAGUUAUUUUCAUUUCUAGAGAUAAGCCUGUUUUUUUAUUUAUUUAUUUGUGUUUUAUCUUUCCUUGUAGUAUUAUGCCAAGUCAGGUUGGAAUCUCAAUAAUCUUGCAAAUCUGGAAAGAUCAGUCUUGUCACACAUCAGUGCUGAUAUAUCAGGAAUGAAGGUUUGUUGUUAUAAUUAGCUCUGAGCCUCUGUUUCUGUGUUCAUUUCAUGUCCUUGGGUAGUUAAAGGAAAAAUAAACUAUACUUCCCUUUCCCUCGCCCCAACAACAGUCAUUGGGGUAGCUUUUUAAUGUUAACUUUGAUUUUCUUUUGCAGGUUCCUUGGAUAUAUGUGGGAAUGUGUUUCAGCAGUUUUUGUUGGCACAAUGAAGAUCACUGGAGCUAUUCAAUUAACUACAUGCAUUGGUUAGCAAAAUUUUUUUUAUUUCUACCCCAAAACCCAGGGCACAAAGCAAACUAGAUACCAUAAUAAUAUGCACAACCAGUUCAUGCCCCCAGAGAACUUAAAAUUCAUUGUAUUGCACUGCGCUUUUUGCAAAUUUUGAAGGGAUUUUGGGUUUUUCUCUUUAGUCAAUCGUUUGAGUGGGGGUGGGGUUAAUGCAAAUCACGAUGCAAGACACUCGCCUAGCUUGGCACACAAAAACAAAACUGAGGAUGAUUCUUGACUUCUAAAGAAUAGCAAAAGAAAUCACAAUGAAGAGUGUAAUUCUUGUGGAGGGAAGGAGGCAGACAUUGCUUUACUAUUGCAAGUGACAAGAAUAAGAAAGAUCAGAAAGAUCUUCGAAGCAAACUAGUCAAUUAUUGCCCGAAACAAGACGAUCCUUGGCAACAAACCUUGAAACACAGAAACAACCAAAACAGAUGGAACUCUACCAACCACAAAUCAGAAUCCAUGACCUUUUGAUCUUGUUCAAGUAAACAUGUGUUUCUUAGGAGGUCCGCUAAGAUGAUUGAAGAAGCUGAAAUUCCUUUGAAGUUUGCAAAACACACAUAAUGAUACAAUGAAUUUGGCAGUAAAACUAGAAGUUAUGUCACAUGUAAGUGCUGUGUUUUGCAGGGGUGAACCGAAGACAUGGUAUGGUGUGCCAGGAGACUGUGCUGAGGAUUUUGAGCAUUCUAUGAAAGAAUCUGCCCCAGAGUUGUUUGAAGCACAGCCUGAUCUUCUUCAUCAACUUGUCACUAUUAUUAAUCCUAACGCACUCACAGCCAAAGGAGUUCCUGUGGUCAGAACUAAUCAGUAUGCGGGCGAGUUUAUUGUUACAUUUCCUCGAGCAUAUCAUGCUGGAUUUAAUCAGGGUCUGAAUUUAGCUGAAGCUGUCAAUUUUGCCACUGCUGAUUGGGUAUGUUGUCUUAUUCUUGAUAUUUUAUUACUUGCAUGCACUGUAAAGAUAUGUUAAGGUGAUGUCUACUGGUAACUUUGAUAAAACAAUUCUCAGACUACAUAUACCAGGGGCUUCAAUAAAAUGGCAGUUAACAGCUGCCUUUUGGAUCUCUUUCUUUGAUCUAUUAAGAUUUUAUUGGUAGGUUUGUAAAAAAAGUUGUUCUUUGGUUAGUAAAAAUUACCAUAUUUAAACAGUUAGUUCUGAGCUUCUAGUUUUCACUUUUUUCCAGGGGAGCACCCCCAUACUUCCAAGAGGAAAAGGACCUUGCAACACCUUUCUUGGUCACAGCCACCUAUUCCACCAUCGGUCAGCAAUCACUUAUGGAAAAGUAAUUGAAACCCUGGGACUACCUGCCUCUCCCCUUCUUCUUCCCCAUCCCCCCCCACACACACACACACACACUGGCAAAGAAAGAGGAAAUUGCUUUAACAAAUCUCUUGCAUAUGGCCAAUUCACUUUAUCCUACUUAUACAAAGCAACAACAGUUUCCUUUACUUCUUGCUUUGCUCCCCUGUCACAAAAAAAAAAGAAUUGCUCUGUUGAAUUCUAUCACUGAGGCCAAUAAUGAAGUGGUUUGUGCAAUGAGGACUUUAGUUGUGAUGUGGAAGGUCAUAAUGUCACAUUUGUUCCUUUACGGAGAAGCUAGCUUUUUGCUGAUAAUAUUGUUUUAUUUUCCAGGCACCAAUUCAUUUAUCAACUCAGUUUUGUCUCAUUCCCUUACAAACACAGCACCAAAAUUAUUAUUUAUCCACUUACAUUUGCUCCUUGCCAAUUUAAAAACUUAUUACAGCUGCUUUUUUUUAUUUACAUGUAAUAUUAAAAAUUCAUUUGAAUGUUUUUUUAGCUGCCUAUGGGUCGUCACUGUAUUCAACACUACCGAGAGAUGGCUAGAAACCCAGUGUUCUCCCAUGAGGAGUUGGUUUGUAAGAUGGCUGCAGAUCCAGAUGGUUUAGAUCUGGACCUUGCCAAAGCAGUCUAUGAUGAAAUGCUUGCAAUUGUGGAAAAGGAAGCUAAUAGAAGGCAUCGCUUGGCAAAAAUGGUAAGCUGUGAAUGCUAACUGGUUUAUUAGAGGAUUUUUUUUUAUCAUCUUGCAAAUGGAUUAGCAACAAAACAAAAGUAGAGAGCGUGGUGAAUUAAGGACUGUUUGUGUGUCAAUAGUUUCUAUAAAUGGACAUGUUAAUUGACCCAACCCUGCAAUUAUACAUUUAUGCAUUGUACUUUCUUUGAGAAAUUUGAACACAGAUCUAAAGAACUGAAAACUUCAGUGAUAUUGGGCAAAUUUUAUCAGCAUUGCCACUGGUUACAUUGAGUUAUCAUUUUAGCUUAGUGUAAAAUGUGGUGCAGGUUAGGUUUUCUCACUGACUAGGUAGUGAUUGCUAAUACUAGCCAACCUUCCGUAGCUAGUUUAAUAGCUGGUUUCAUCUUGGACAGGGUAUUCCAGAGUUUGAACGAGGUGAAGCGUUUGAGCUGCUACCCGAUGAUGAGCGACAGUGCCGUGUAUGCAAAACCACAUGCUUUUUGUCUGCUAUCCAGUGUUCAUGCAGCCCAGGUAAGAUGUUGUUUAACACCACCUCACAUGAUCACCUACGCGUUAAUUUUCCACUUCCUUAUCUAGUUUUUGUGAUAUAUUUAACACAUUUGAAUCUAUUUUUGUGUCCAGGUAAACUGAUAUGCAUGGACUGUGUCCCUGAACUGUGCUCUUGUGAACCCAAUGAGAAAAGUUUGAGGUAAACAAAGUAGUUGGUAGGUUGAACAUACCUCAAAAUGUUACAUACGUUGUGAAGAGGAAAAAUUGCAAACAACUGUGAACAUUCUUAUCAAUGUAUUAUUUUUAUUUCAUUUUAGAUAUAGGUACACUCUUCAAGAGUUACCUUCUAUGUUGCUACGUCUCAAGAGAAGAGCUGAUUCUUUUGACAACUGGGCCACUGAAGUCAAGAGAUCCUUAGAUCCUUCAGAUCCUAAAGUUGGUGAGUUAUUGAAGUUUUUUUUUUCAUUAAUGCUUACAGCCUAUAGUGAAAAGAAAACUUUUGACAGUUUGAUUAAUAACCUUGCAUCUUGAGACCAACUUUACAGGAAUGGGCCAUUUCCAAGUUUCAAAAACCCUUGUUGUCAGGUUGCAGCCAAGUGUAAAGCUAUUAUUUUGAAAACAGUGUUUUCCUUUUAUUUGUAUGAGAAUAAAAGUCUAUUUUCAGAUCAAAGGCUUUGCAACUAUCCUCAAAUCAAACAGAGGCUUGGGACAACUUGAAAACGCUCUUUAUAUCUUACUGACAUAUUAGUUGUUGUUUUUGAAUGACAGAUGUCUCAGAGCUGAAGGAUCUAGUGAACACUGCAGAGCAGAGCCAAUUCCCUGACUGUGAUUUGUUCCAGCAGCUCAAAGCUGCAGUAGCAGAAGCUGAACGUUGUGCUAGUGUUGCUCUUCAGCUCGUCAGCAGGAAGCACAGAACCAGGUACAAUGAUAUUGAAUUUUGCAACUCGUUGAAAUCCAGAUGCAAUGAAAAUUUUAAACAAGGAAGCUAUUGGAGAAUUGUUUCAAAUUCUAGGAGCUAUGAUCUCUCAAUGUAGUUAUGAACUGCAGGAACUAAGGAAUAACCCACUGUUAGCUUUCAGCAAUGAGGAAUUUGGUGUGAUCUAUGUCAUGUCUAUCACAGCCAUAAUUAAUAGGAUCAUAACACACCCUCCUCUCUUCUCUCCUCCAAGAGGACAGUGUCUGUUGAGGUUGGGUGCCUGGAGUAUCCAGGGGCUUCCACAAUUGGCAGCCAGCCCCUAGAUUGAAAUAAUGCCCCCAUGACUGGCACAACAGUGCAACCCAGCCAUGAGCCCCCACACGAAAGGAAAGGAACAGGCACCCGUCGCACUGAAAACAUCAGUGGAGAAAAAAAACAACAGAGCCUAGGAGGAGGAGGGGGGAAGAAAAUGGCUGCAAGAACCCAGCACAAAGGAAAGCUGAACGUGCCAAUGCAUCACACGAUCAAUGUAGCCAGCUACUGGGCAUGAGCAUGCCAAAGGCUGCUGACCUCAGGCACUUAAGGCACUCUUAGUUGUUAACUUCUUUAAAUUGCAUUUAAAUGCAUCUAACUUAUCAUUAUAUGUUUGUUGUGUUUGUUUUAGGCCUCAUGGUGGUUCAGAUACUGUUCCAACCACUCGUCUGAGUCUUGAUGAGCUGCAGGGAUUUAUGCAGCAAUUGCAGAACUUACCUUGUGUUGUUAGAGAAGCUGAAUUAGUGCAAGUAAGUGACUAGUUAUUUGGUAAGAAAGAACAUUCGGUAAAAGCUGCUGGAAACAAACUAGAGAAUUUUUUCAGAAUGUUUUGGUUUUCUAAUAAGGGGUUCAUACAUGACAGAUGCCCCCAUCGCUGAUCCUUAUUUCACAGCCUUACUUUGAGUUCUGUUAAAAGUAAGUUGCAAGUUAUCUUCCUUUCUGUGAGGGUUUUUUUUUUCUCGGGUAAUUCCAGUUUGCUAGUUUACACUCCUGUCAAAAGCCACCUCUUCCAAAUUGCAAUGUGUUCUGCAAUGCACAAACUCUCGUGCUGAUUGUUUCUGAAUUGUUCCUGCAGGAGUUGAUGACACAUGUGGAGAGUUUUCAGUGUGAAGCUCAGAAGGUGAUACAGAGUGGUACAACCGACGUGACCAGACUACAGCAGCUGCUGGACAAUGGCCACACUUUGGAUGUUGAUUUGCCUGAAAUACCCAAACUCAAACAGGUAAGGACAAGUAUUUCCGUGAAAGCCCAAAUGUCUUUUAUCACAGCAGGAUUAGCUCAGUCAGUAGAGCACUUGACUUAGGAGUGCGAGGUUCUACAACUGGACCAUUACUCGGGGUUUUAAAAUAACUGAGAAGUAAAGGUACUGCCAUUGCCUUGCAAACAGCACACCUCCGCGUGGCUCAGAUAACCACGUAAAAUGAUACAAUUACACUCAAAUAAUGUGCAUUUUUUUACUAGUGUACUUAAUGUUAUUUUAUUGUCUGUGUUAUAGGAACUACGCUUGGCUAAUUGGUUAGAACAGGUAGAUGUCACUCUUGCCAACACUGAAGAAGUCUCGUUUGAUACCCUACAAGAACUGCUCGAAACUGGAAACUCGCUUCCUCAGAAAACAGGUAUUCGAGUUUGUCUACAGCCUCUGAAAUUAUUAUAGCAACCUUACAUUUCACGCCAUUGUGGAGUUCAAAGUCAGAAUCUUAGUUUCGUGUUUUGCCCAAUCAUCUCUUUUUCCACAGCAAUUGAGAAAGCAGUCAGUGAGCUCCGUGGCCUUGUGGCUCUGGGUGAACGGUGGGAAGAAAAGGCAAAACUGUGCCUUCAAGCACGGUAAGAAACAUACAUGUGACUUAUACCCUGCAUCUCUAAAACGAAAGAAAAGGUCGUUUGGAAUCUAACGAAAAAACAGCAGACCUAUAAACAUUUAUAAACUAGGUGACAAAAACAUUGAAGAGAUUUUUGGAGGGGGGAAAGAGGAAGAGGAAGAGGAAGACUUGGAAUAAGAAAUAUAGCUGUGUUUUAGUCUUUUUUAUAAGCUUUAGAGUGGUGUAGGAGCUGCUCGUAAGGUCUCUCCUGAUUGGUCGUAGGAAACAAUGACAUGUCAUUCUUUCUAUUGUUUUAGUAUUGUUUGGGGUCAGGGGAACGUAGAAUUGGUGACUUCUCUUCCGAGCAGCUGCUACAUAAACCCCAGUUGUUCCAAAAGUGUGAAAAAAUGCUAUCUGCAGAGUGAAUGACUCUUCCUGGACAAAAGUAAACAUCAUCAGCUCACAUUUUCUGAAGCCUUCCACACGGGAUGGCACAGCCACAUGUACAUGGUGAUUACCAUGGACAAUAAUAUACUCAUUGUAAACUACCGUAUUGUUUCAUAACAGGCCGCGUCACGUGAUGGCUACAGUAGAGGCAAUCAUACAAGAGGCAUCUCGUGUGCCUUUGUACCUACCCAAUGUAAGCGCCCUCAAAGAAGCUCUGCGUAAGGCUCGUGAGUGGUCUGACAAGGUCGAUCAGGUUCAGGUAAGAUAGGCUUGUCCACUCCUGAGUAGCCUGCAGUGCAGGCGUAUUUUGGGCGGGCGAAACCUUGUUCGUGUUCGUAAUAUUGUUAUGGCCGCCAUCUUUGAUUUUAUGACAGUGGAAGAUUGGGGAGAGUAGAAAUAGUAACCCUUGCGGUAGGUGCGAGGGAAGUUUCAACAUGGCGCUUUCGCGAGCAAAUUGCGCGCUCAAAGAAAACGCCUGCACUGCAGGCUAACUCCUGAGAUUCAUUCCACGUUAGAAAAUAUCUCAACAGAAAACACAGCGUUUUGUUCUUUAGUUUUUGACACAACUGUAAAGUCAAGUAGUUUAAAAACCUCUUAGAACGCCUCUCUUCGUGGAAGCUUUUUGGAGAGAAUUUGGAGAUUUCAAGUUUUUAAUUCAUUCACAAGAAAUACAAGAAGUACUCGAAAGUUAACGUGCUGUGUUCGUUCUUAACCAAGUUGUAGUCAUAGUAACCUGCUUUAUGGUGUACUUCUAGAAUGAUAAUUACUAUCCUUACCUUGACGUGCUGGAGUCGUUAGUGAUGCGAGGGAGGCCCAUUCCUGUACGUUUGGAACAGCUCCCACAGAUGGAGUCCCAAGUGGCGGCUGCGCGCGCCUGGAGGGACCGCGCGGCAAGGACAUUUCUCAAAAAGAACUCGACAGCUACACUGCUGGAGGCAAGUCAUACUCUAACUCAUCUUUUGAUAACCUUUAGGAAAAACAUAUUUGUUGAAGGAUAGUCGGCGAGAAAAUUCAUUCUUUUUUUUGUUUCUUUUACAGAUCUUGUCACCUCGCACAGACGUGGGUUUAUACAAGGCGUGCCCAAAACCACGCAAGAAGCGCGAGAAGGACAAAGAAAAGGAGAAAGAGAAGGAAAAAGAGGUGAUAAUCGAUCUUGUUGCGUUAGACGAGUACAUCGGCAGAGAUCCUGCCUUGCAAAUCGCUGAGUUUAGAGAGACUGAGAGGAAAGAAAUGGAAACAAUGGGACACUUGCGUGAAGCUAAUAUACAGCGACAAAAGGAAGAGGACAAUAAACGCAAACUGGGAGAAAGCCUGGACGGCCAGUACUGUAUAUGUCGGCGGGGACCGGACGGAUUUAUGCUGCAGUGUGAGCUGUGUAAAGAGUGGUAUCAUGGCUCCUGUGUGCCGCUACCACGAACCCAGGGUGGGAAAUCUAUGGGCAAAGGCUCAGCGGCGUUGGAAGCAGCAAAAGAGCUAAAGUAUCUCUGCCCGCUUUGCUUAAGAUCCAGAAGACCGCGUCUGGAGACUAUCCUGUCUCUGUUGGUGUCGUUACAAAAACUGCCCGUGCGUCUCCCCGAAGGGGAAGCACUGCAGUUUCUCACUGAAAGAGCAAUGAACUGGCAGGAUCGCGCGCGGCAGUUUCUUGCUGACGAGGAUGUUGUGUCUCUGCUGACUUAUCUUAGUAGAACUUCCACCAGCUGGCCUCAAGGAGUUAGUGCCGAAAACUUGUCUGCGUCAGCUGCGCUACUGCGGCUCGCUCAAGGAGGCCUUCAGAAUGACGACUCGGAGAAGGCCGCCGCAUCAAGUGAUGUCUCUGUCACUGACGAAGGGAGUACAAAUGCAGCCGAAGCUAGACCGGCUUUUUCGGAGGAGAAGCGAGCACGAGCCGAAACACUGAUGAUGGAGGGUGAUUUACUGGAGGUGACACUUGACGAAACUGAACAACUGUGGAAAGUGUUACUAAGUCAGAAGACCCGUGAAGAACAAGAAACACAGGUACAAAAAUAACACAGUUGCCUUUUUAUUUCUUUAGAAUGUGAACUCCUAAGCGGAAGUAACAGCACAUUAUCGCACCCGCUAAAGAAGUGUGAGUUUGUGCGUUCUGCGGCCAGUUUAAUCGCGCCCUCGAAACUCAAGAGGCUCAUUACUUGGUUUAAUGAAAACAAAACACCAAAACAGUCGGUAGAGGGUCAUCUACAAGUUAUUGGUGUAGUCCGCAGCCUUUGCUUUUUCAUCCCAGUCGCUUUCAUGAAUAAUCCUAUUUUUCGAGCAGUGUUGUGGUAAGGAACGCUUUGUAAAAAAAAUUAUUGCAUGUAUGUGACGGAUGACACUCAAGACUAUGUUUUUCCUCGAAUGUCGGUGCUGAAAAACAACAACACACUAACCAAUCACUAUACGAGCGGCUAAUCAAAGAAAACCUAAUUGGUUGAUAAAAAUUUGCCAGAUUAUUUAGUCAAGCACAGCGCUUCGUUCGUAUUAAAUAUUUGCUUCGAUACUUAAUUGAAAACCCUUCAAUGAUAUUUUCAAAUUUUUGCAGCUUUUUGAGGCGAAAUCCGACAAAGAAAAGGUGAAGAGAAAGCGCAAGAAGAAAGACGACGACGAAAAGGACAAAGACAAGACAACAAAAAAACUGUCAAGUAACAGUUCUGCUUCCAACACGACAAGUGAAACGGAGAUAACAAAGAAACGACGGCGAAAGGAUAAAGAAAAAGGAAAGGAAAAAGCGGCCAAGGUGAAACAGGAAGAAAUAGUUGAUGUUGAAGAGGAUGAUGACGAUGAUGAUGACGACGAGCUCUGCGCGGCCGGCAAAUGUACAAGACCCCAAGGAGACGAAGUUGGUUGGGUGCAGUGCGAUGUCUGUGAAAAAUGGUACCAUUUAGCAUGUGUGGGACUAAGCCCAGAGAAAGCCGAGGCUAUGGACUCUUAUAACUGUCAACAAUGUUUGAUUGGGGCGUCGUCAUCUACUAACGUGGCCGCCGGAGGGACACCCACUGCUGCCUCACCCGAGUCGGAAAAUAUUGAUGUUGAUGGGACCACACCCUCUGCCACUACCCCUACCUCCCCAAGCCCUCCUGUCUGCAUAGAUGAGGUUCAAGGCUCGGAGGCCGUGCAAUCGGAUAAAAACGUGGAGUCGACUGCGACAAAGGCAGUGCGUCCGGUAACCAUGAUCGAUUUGUGCUCAGAUACAGAAGAUAUGGACGCCGAGUAGGCGUUGUUUAGUGAGAACACGCGGAGACGAACACCAUGGAUAAAAAUGACGGGUCGUGACCUGUUAGAACAGUUCAACUGAUUUCACUUUGUACUCUUUGUACUAUAGCCUCUUAACAAUGGAUACAAGAAUAUUUUUCGAGGAAUACAUUUCAUGACGCCCAGCUCACAUGCAGUUGUGCGUCUAUAUGCGAACAACAUUUUUUUAGAAAUGUUUAUUAUUGCUAUGGGAGACGAGUUAUUCACUAGUUUUGGAUUGAGUGCGGUCGAAGAGCUAUCGUCCAAUUUGCUAGAAAUCCGCGUCUUUAAGACAAAAUGAUUCUAGUAGCGUGCGUGAGUAACUAUCCUGGAAUUUGGUUGCUUCCUUGUGGAGUUAGAGUAAUAUCUUUCUUUGCAAAUUCUUCUUAGCAGCUUGUAUGGAAGGAUUUCGGGUCGGGAAAAAGCCUGUGUUAAGGAAAUAUGCCAUUACCCUCUUCGUUCUAUCGACAACCAUGCGGCCUCGUAGUAAGCCUCGAUCGAAAAGAUUCCGAGGCCGUUUAACCAAUUCAGGCUUUGAACGUGUACAAGCCAGCAUAUGAAUGAUAGUUCAGAGUUUCGGAACAACUCGGAUGCUAUUUUGACUGUCGCUCGGAAAAUGAAAAAUAUCUCAGAUGAUUCACGAAUUUUGCAAGACCGCGUUUCUAUGAAAUCUUGAUCAUUUUCUCCUCCUCUUUGAUCAAACCGUUUAACUUUACUCCAGAUUUCAUAAAAUUGCUCCCAAGAUCAAAGUUGCAGUGUACUAUUGCUCUCUUCCAACCUACUAGUGGAGUGACUAGUAGCCCGUGAAUCAUAAAAUCAGAAUAUAAUUUUUUCAUGCUUUAAGGGUUUAGACAGUUUUUUUUUCUUUUCUCAUGAUUUACCUUUGUGAAAAACGAGAUACUUUUUGGUUUCUAGCACGCUUCGAGGUGGAAAGUUACUGUGAAC